AUAUAGCUUUUUAAUUCGGUGUUUUUAAUGUUAUUUAUUGUAUUUGAGUAUUGCGGGUAUUUAUUUUGAAAGGGAAGCCGGAAAAGCCUUGUUUUGAUUUUUGCUAACAUGACACCAACACUAUAGCAAAGGCCCUGGUUCUUGAAUGUAACCGGUUGUGUUGCGGCUUCAUAUAACGGUUUGUCCUCAUGGAGUUACAUCUUAUUAUAUCGUAAAGACGACCUGCUAAUAAAUUUCAUCCUAAAGUGUUUCGCCUUCGUCGCAGAGGUGGGGAAGUGAAGAUGCUAACAUUAACGUUAGUAACUUUGGCGAACAAGUGCCUCCUGUUUCCGCUGAUGUCCAAAGGUCCCAGCUCCCAGGAGAAACGCACCUAUCAGUGAUUGGCAUGGAGGAUGAUGGACGUCCCCACAGCCAAUCAAAGCCAGAGACCCUCUCAGCAGUGGGCGGGCCAGAACGGCUGGUCCCCAGCUUCACCUCAAGGGACCCCCUGCAACCCUCUGCACAGCUUUCAGCAUCUUAGCCUGGGCUCGCCCUCCGACCAAAGACCCUGCUAUGACCACCUGCAGGCGUCCAACCAGGGCUACUAUAGCGACACCAACUCCCUUUCCUCUGGAAACAACACUCAUCACAGCUCACUGUAUGCUCACAAUACUAAUCAGAGGGGUCAGCGAAUCAUUCCUGCUGCUCAUGUUUCAUCUGUGGUUCCAGUUGCAAGCCAAGGAAAAAAUAUACCUCCAUGUUCUCUCCCUCUUCUGAAUGAAGGGACACAGCCUUGCAAGACACAUCAAAUGCCAUUUUACUCCCCUUGCAGCCCUUACCAAGCACUAUCUUCCCCUUUCCAACCCCCAUACGCACACCACACUCCACAGAAUGGCCCUCAGUCACCACAUCAAGAACAGCUGCCCCACACUCCGCCAUUUGGACAAUGUGUAAGCCAGAGUCCACAGUGCACACCUCGAGCUGCAUUUGAGAGAGCAAAUGUGGAGUCCUCUGUUGGAUACACCCAUAGUCAUGCCUCACCUACCUCACCUAUCCAACAGCAGCCUCAGUGGACACUUCCACCACACUCUGGAGGAACCAUAAAUGAGUUUGUUCCCAAAUCGACUGCACUAGACAGGAGGACCGCUCCACAGGUGCGGUCCCCUAACUCUGAGUCUCGUUAUGGCCUGGACCCAGAGCUCCUGCCCAGUGCUGUGAAGGUGAUCGCAGAGGACAGGGCAGAGUGGGGGGACAAGGUCUUCGUCUCAGAGCCUUUGUCCCGUCUUCCUCCUCUGGCAACUACUUCCUGUCUUGUAGAGGACAGGGGUAAUGCAAGCCCUUUCGCCAUCCGCUCCACCUCGUACUGUGUGCCCUGUGAAGGUCAGACUGCCCUGCUCAGCCGUCUCCCGCUGGGAGCUCUGGUCUCCCCUCUAGCAAAACAAAAUGCUGUAGAGUCACUGCCAGUGUGCAAAGAGCCAGACUGUGUAAUGGGAUGUGGUUGGUGCGGCGCCUCCAUGUGCCCAGCGAUGGGCUGGCAGGACUGUGGUCAGAGGUUUUACUGCCCCUUCUGUGGUAAACUCAGUGAAGUGCCGUGGCAACACUACCAGCCCACCAAAGGGGUGGAGGGCGUUCGGGUGGAUAAAGACAAGAGACCUGAACUCAGUAUGGGGUCAUAUGAGAUACUCAAUACUCAGAAGGGUGAACCUGCUGCACUGCUUCUAGCCAUAGAUGUGUCUGCCUCAGCGCUGGGAGGAGGACAUUUGGAGUUUACAACACAACAAAUACUCACUCUGCUCACCUCGCUUAAGAGGGAGGAUGAUGAUGCCUUGCCAGACGUCCGAAUCGGUUUGAUGACGUAUGACAGCAGAAUCCACCUGUACGACCUCAGCCCUGCCCUGUCCCGCCCACACAUGCUGGUCAUCACAGAGACAGAAGACCUGCAGCUUCCCGUGAGGGAGGGUCUUCUGACGUCCCUGAAAGACUGCGUAGACGGUAUUGACAGUGUGUUGCAGCUUAUUCCUCAUUUUAGUCCGGAGAGUGAUGACUCUAGAGUUCCCGUGGAGCUGCCUGUCAAAGCAGGCCUGGCCAUACUGCAGGCCCAAAACUGUCCUGGCAAGCUGCUGAUCUUCCAUUCUGCCCCUCUGAUAGAGACAGGAUGCACAAACUCAGGGUUCUUUGGCUCCAGUAAACCCAAAUCCAUCUUUCAGCCAUCAGAGCUAGCCGUCUCGUUGGCCAAGGAGUGUGUCAGCCAGGGCUGCGGCGUUCACCUGUUUGUCCUCUCCCAGCAAGACAUGGGCGGGGCUUGGCCGGGACACACUCCAUAUCUGACAGGCGGAGCUCUGCACACCUACAGCCACCUGCAGGGAGAUUUGGACAGAGAGCGUUUCAGCACUGACCUAAAAAGAACUGUAGAGACGGACACAGGCUACAAGGCUGAGCUCAGGAUUUUUGUCAGCAAAGAUUUGCGUGUGUCCGGCAGUUAUGGACUUUUCAUUCCUGGGCCUGACCCCAGCCAGAUCACCAUGGCAACCCUUGAUCAGUUUACAACACUGGCUGUGGAGCUCACACACACCAGAGCUCUGGAUGAGACGAGAGGCGUCGCCAUACAGGCUGUGUUGUCUUACAGCAGCCAGACAGGAGACAGGAAGACCAGGGUCCACACUUUGACCCUGCGAUGCUCACAUCACCUGCAGGACACUUUCCGGCAGUACCAGGCCCAAACCCUACUCACCUUCUACUGCAAAAAAAUUUACUGUGCAGUGUUGGAGCGCCCUCUACAGGAGCUGAGGGAGGAACUGCAGACGGAGGUAACCGAAUCGCUGGCGUCCUACCGCAAACACUGCUGCUCUGCUUCAGUGUCUGCUGGACAGCUGGUCCUCCCUCAGUACCUGCGAGCACUUCCUGUUUACAUCAACAGUCUGAGGAAGAGUGAGGUGCUGCUGCCGGGCCUGAGGAGCUCCGUCCACCAGCGGCUGCAUCAGCGUUGCCAGGUGCUCAGCAUGGACACCUGCAGUACCUGCACACACUUCUACCCUCUGCUGCUGCCUCUGCUGCUGUCAGUCGACGGCUGCAGCUCUCCACACGCAGACGAGACGCUGCGCUGCUGUGCCGCCAGCCUGGAGCCCAGAGGUCUCUAUUUGGUUCAUGCGCCCCUCACCCUGCUGCUCUGGGUAGGCACCCAAGUCCCAGCCGGCACCCUGGUCGAGCUCUUCAACACCGGCUGCUUCUCCUCCCUGCCCUCUGGAGAGACCAAACUGCCAGUUCUUGAAAACCCUCUGUCCAUCCGUGUUCGAGCCCUCAUCACCACGUUGAACACACGCGCACCUUGUGCCCGCAAGCUGUGGGUGGUGAAGCAGGGCGAUGCCUGCGAAGAGGCCCUGCAGCGCCACCUGGUGGAGGACAAAAGCCCCAAUGGAGGAGCAUCCUAUGCUGACUUCCUCUACCAUCUCCAUGUCAACUCUGUCCGCCUUCUCUGACUCACACAUUCAGACACACACACACACACACACACACACACACACACACACAUAUCUUCUCACCAGUCUGGAUUGAUUUACUAAAGACAUGUUUGCAACAACAGUAUUACCAGACAUUAUUAUGAUGUGGAGAUGUUUAAAGCCUGUUGUCAGGCAGUGCAUGGGGACGUUUUAAGACAUCCAUAUGAUAUGUGUGACGUCUGCUGUGUUGACUGUGAUUUGUACUGUUCUGUGUUUAUGUUAAUUUAUUCCUGUGUCUUCAUACUCGUGUGUGUGUGUGUGUGUGUGUGUGUGUUGCCCACAAUAUGUUUUGGGUGCAUCAUCUCCUAUAAAUAAAUAAAGGCUUUAAUUGAAUAUUGAUUGAAGUUUCUUCUUGCACAGCUCAGGAUGAAGAUGUGACUCAGGAAGCCGAAGGGCCCCCUGUAUAAUGAGUCCCAAAUGGUUAAUCAAGCUAAUUACAAAGCGGCGUGAAUGGACGGACGAAGGGUUAUCUCAGGUGGCCAAACUCUUCAACAACAAGACAUAUAGCCAUGGUGGUGGCUCUUUUAGGUUAUAUUUGAGCUAAAUGCUAAUACUUCUUAGUUUAUCAUGUGAGCAGUGAGCACAAACUACCAGGGAUGUGCUCUUCAGAUGUUUUUUGGCCUUGAUUCUGACUUGAUGCCUUUAAUGCCCGGUGUGUGCUAGCUAGUGUUUUUUUAUCCUCUGUGUAAUUAAAUAUGUAUCUGGCAAGCUGAAAUUACAGAUUAGAUGUGAAUGAAAGUUUAACGGGUAGAAUGUGACUCCUGAAACUGAUGUACAGAGAUCCAAUAGAGAGAAGAUGUAUCACUCUGUGUCUUGUGACUUGCAUUUUACAGUGAGGUUAUAGGCUGAUGCAUCUCUUACUUUAGAGACAAUAUUUGCAGAC